AUGUCUUCUUCAGCCCACUUCCCUGACCCUCCAAACUUCCAACAACAGUCAGAUGAAUUUAUUUCCUGGCUAGAAGCAAGUCCAGGAGUCAGAGUCAACUCUAAGAUUGUUCUAGCAGACUUACGAUCCAGCGGGGCAGGGCGAGGAGUCGUGGCCCGCACAAACAUUCCUGAAGGAGAAGAGCUCUUUUCGAUUCCUCGCUCGGUCAUCCUUACUGUGCAAAACUCGCAGCUGAAGAGCCUGCUGGCGCAAGAUAUCGAACAACUUGGGCCGUGGCUCUCGCUUAUGUUAGUCAUGCUUUAUGAAUACUUGCAAGGCCCUCAGUCUCGCUGGGCUCCGUACUUCCGGAUUUUGCCCACACGGUUCGACACUCUCAUGUUCUGGUCUCAAGCCGAACUGCAGGAGUUGCAAGGCAGUGCCAUUGUUGACAAGAUUGGCAAGGAGGCUGCUGACGAGUCAAUUCUGGAAUCAAUCGCUCCCAUUGUUAGAGCUCAUCCAGAUAUUUUCCCACCUAUCAAGGGCCUUGACUCUUACGAGGGCGAGGUAGGGACAACAGUGUUGCUAGAGCUUGCUCACACCAUGGGUUCUUUGAUUAUGGCCUAUGCCUUUGACAUUGAGAAGCCCGAGGACGAUAACGAGGAGCCCGAGGAUGAAGACGAAAACUACAUGACAGAUGAUGAGGAUGAACAGCUUCCUAAGGGCAUGGUUCCGUUGGCCGAUUUGUUGAACGCAGAUGCUGAUCGCAAUAACGCUCGAUUGUAUCAGGAGGAAGAGGCCCUCGUCAUGAAAGCGAUCAAGCCAAUUCAACAAGGCGAAGAAAUUUUCAAUGACUACGGUGAAAUACCUCGUGCCGAUCUACUGCGCCGUUACGGCUAUGUCACCGAUAAUUAUGCUCAGUAUGAUGUCGUUGAGAUUUCACUUGGUGAUGUUUGCCAGGCUGCCGGCCUCGCAAAUAGCGAUGUUGAAUCCCAACCUAGACUCCAACUCCUCGACGAACACGAUCUUUUAGAUGAUGGCUAUCUCGUUGUUCUACUUACAACAUUGACUCUGUCGCCCGAAGACUUCGAGCAGCGCAAAUCAAAGAACAAACCUCCCAAGCCAUCUAUGGAUGCUAACCAGGCGGGUACUUUGGCCAAGGUUCUUCAAGCCAAACUAUCGCUAUACGGAAGCUCUUUGAACGAGGAUGUCCAGCUUCUCGCCAGCAUUCCUCCCCAGCCCGCUCUAGAGGGGUCUGCUCGUCGGCGGAGAAUGGCACUGCAAGUGCGCAUUGGCGAGAAAGAAGUCAUCCAGGCUGUUCUUUCUAUGCUGGAGCCUAUUGUCGGUGGCAGUUCGUUGAAGCGAUCUGCUAAUGGCGAUAGCCACGACUCUCGCCAAGCCAAGACGCCGCGUUUCUAA